UGGUAAACUGUACAGCGAUGCAUUAUAUAUGAGACCAUGUGUGGUAAAAAGUUCUAGGGCUGCGUGGGGUCGUGGAGGGGAGCGACCACGUCGGCUCGACUUCGUCCGUAGACAAAGGCGCAGUGAAACUCGAUUGCAAACGGUUCGAGGCGGUGAAGAUGCUGUGCGUACAAUUGCAUCCAGGGACCGCCCAGUUGGUGCUGCACCUGGUUGUCAAAAAGAGCCAUGAAGGCGUCAAAAUCGGCGCGGGGCAGGUUGUUCUUCAUCCAUGCGACGAUCUUGGCGAUGACGACGCCAUGCUUGUCGUCAGUGGCUUCCAUGCCAGCAAACAAGUUGCUAAAUGCUUCGUUUUCCGAGUCGGGGUUCAUCACGAGGGGGUUGGCCUCGGCCACGGCCGCCGCUUCGUCGACCAGCGUUGCUUCCACUUCUUCAAAGAGCGCCACGACGCUGGCUUCGUACUCGGGGGUUUUGGGGUCCAAGUCCACCGUCGCCUCGUACAGUCGUUGCACUUCAUCGUAUUCGGUGCGAACGCGAAUGGCCUUGUUGGCCACAUCUGCCUUUUCUUCGAGCAAUUCGUCUUUCAACUCGCGGCAUUGCCCCAAUUGUGCCAUGAAUUCUGCGAUCCACGUCUUGAAAUCGGCUGCGACGUCGUCGGUCGCCGCGCGAAGGGUUCCUUCAAGGAAGAUGCGGCGCGCAUGGCUCAUGUCCGCGUAGAAUGGAGCGUUGAGCACGGCGUAGCUGCGUUCGGUCCAGUCCACAUCGACGCGGCUCUGGGCCCAUUCCACAGGCAGGAGUGGCGAGUGUGACACCUUGUCGUCGUCGUCGUGACGAAACCAAUGCAACAACGAGUGGAUGAACCCGCUUGACGCCUUCUUUUCCUCUUGGUGUUGCUGAAGCCAUGCGAUUGUACUGGCCACGCCCUUGGUAGUCUUUUUCCGGGAUGCCUUGUCGUGGGCUUCGACCUGGUGAUUCAUCGAACGCAAUUUUUCGAGUUCGACGUGGACAAUGGAGGGGUCCAGUUGGUCCGAGGACACGUCCUUGUGGUCCUUGAGCCAGUCGCCACAGGCGGGGCACGUGUUGGGGUCAUGAAGGUCCUUGGAGCUGAGCAUGUCACAGUGAGAGUUCAAUUGUGGUGUCCAUGGAAGAAAGGGCCCGUUGUCGG